AUGGCUAAGCCCAGUUUUGAUGUCAAGACGGCCAUCGCCUUGUUGCCCGUCAUGACGGGGCAGGAGGAUACCACUAAGCAGUUGAUAGACGGCAUUAUAAUGUACAGUUCCAUUAUUAAUAGCGAAACUCAACAGGUUUUAAUAGAGUUCGUCCUGAAAACAAGACUCUCGUCUAGCGCUAAGCUCAGAUUAAAGACGUCAUAUACUAGCGUAGAAUUACUUAUCGCGGAUAUGCGUACAUUCUUACUACCUAAAAAAUCGUCCGUAUCGAUUCAGGCUCAACUGUACAGAGCUAGGCAAGGUAGGAGAACUAUAGAGGCAUUCGGAGCCGAGAUCGAGGAUCUUUUUGUCAAUCUGACCAUAUCCCAGGCCGACGGUAACGAUAGCAGGUACGAUAUACUUCGUCCACUGAACGAGAAAUCAGCCAUUAAGCGUUUUGCAGACGGUUUAGCAGAUCCCAAGUUAAGUACCAUAAUAUCAUCUAGGCAAUUUACGUCACUGCCCGAAGCGAUCAGGACGGCCAUCGACGAGCACAGCUCAUCACCACAGCAGGAGCAGGUCCUACAUUACGGGCGCAACCAUUAUCUGCAGCUACAGUUCGCCGACCUGCGCGCGCGCCUGCUCGCCCGAAUACGCGUGCGCAGCACAUACAACCGUCACACGAUGAUGAAAAACCUAUCAGGCGACAAGCUUACUACAACAAACUUGCUGGAGCACAAAAUUAACUUAAAAGAAAAUGCCAGCCCAGUAUACGUAAAACCUUACAGGAUACCACAUGCCUUACGCAAAGAACUCCAAACUCAGAUCCAAGAUAUGCUAGACAACGACAUAAUUGAAGAGACUACUUCCGAGUGGUCCAGUCCAGUUUUGCUUGUUCCCAAAAAGAGUGAUAAGUUAGGAGAAAAGAAAUGGAGAUUGGUUGUCGACUAUAGGCAACUAAAUAAUAAAAUACAGGAUGAUAAAUUCCCAUUGCCCAACAUAACAGAAAUAUUAGAUUCCCUAGCAGAUAUGGCGUACCAAGCGACAUCAUAA